CUCGGCCGAGCAGGAAGGAGGCUGGGUACUGGUUGAGGAGUAAGGAAUAGCAAAGUCUUCCAAAAAAUUGCAAAAUGGCGUUCUUCAUGAAACUCAAGAACCCUAAUCCCAAACUCUACGUUGGAACCAUUAUCCAUCGAACCGUAGUGACGACCAUGUCGGAAAUUAAGAGUUUUGUGUCCGCCGAAACUUUUAAUAAGAGAGCGAGCAUCGAUGCUGCAAAUUUGCCAAGUCCAAAGAGAAUAGCGGAUACCCAUGGUACCUAUCAAGGGUUUUUGGAUUUAAACAGUCUUGGCCGCUUUCUUAGUGAUAAAUCCAUCAAUCACUUGUGCCAGAAAAUGGCCCAAAGCAACACUCUUGUUCAGAUGGGACAAAAAUUACUUGAAUAUCUUGAAGGAGAUGCUCUAGCUGAUCAUGGUACUUCCAAACUUGAUGAGCGAAAACAUUUCAAAGCAGUGAAAAAAGUUUGGCAAAAUGAACACUUCAACGGCCUUCUCUAUAAAGCAUUACAUAUCCAGGACUCUUUCCUGCCCGACACAAUAGCAUAUAUUUCUAGGAAAUUUAUGCAUGAACGAUUUGAUGAACGGAUAGCUCAUAUCAAGAAAGAUUACUACUUCAAAUCUAGCAUGAAAGUGCGAGAACCUUAUGAAGGGACUUCUGUGAUGAGGCGACUCCUAUUGGUUCUAAUUGUAUACUGGAGUUGUGAAGAUGAGCUUCUCAAGUUGGAUAAAGUGGAAUGUACUGUUCCAGUAAAAGCUCCUGCGAACGAAUUUGCUCUUGGAUUUGUGAAUGUUGUGCAGCAAUUACUUCAGUCGAUGAAGCUGAAAGGUGCUCCUCAUGGUACAAUUGACGCAUUGCGUAGUGAAGUGGAAUCCUCUUGUGCAACGGAACCUGAUCCUUUCCUUGACGACGUGUUCUCUGCGAUGAGGAAAGCCAAAGUUUGGCUUUAUGAGGAAGGUUCUCCCGUUCCAGAUCUUCUUGGUGAAUGUUUCAUCAUGGAGCUUGCUGUUGAAAUCGAGAAUAAAAAUAGUCAUGCCCUUGUUGCUAUGGCAAAGACUUUUUUGGAAAAUUUAGAUUCUUUUGAUCUUGCUGCCAGUUGUAGCUCCCUAGUGCAGAGGCAUUCUGAUUUGUUGAGAAAAUUUCUGGUCGAUGCAGAUUUUAAAGAUGCAUUUCUUGAGAUAAGAAGACGGGAUUGGAACUUCCGCGAAAAAAUUCCACCAUAUAAUUAUGCAUACCACAUGAGAAGGAGCAAACAGAUUUUUUCAGAUGAUGCAGUUGAGGAUGCAAUGCAUCGGAUCAAGAGAGAUGCCUUCUGCACACGAUUUCUAAAAGAGAGGGAGACUGCUGCUAUGUUGAGGGGAUUCCUGGUCAUUUUGUUUGCAUACCAUGCUCCUGAAAUUCUGAAGUUUGUCGAUGGAUUUCCCCCCAAUUAUCCCAGGGAAGCUAAACACAUUUUUUAUCAAUCUAAUUUUGCUGGUGAUGUUGCGGAAUUAAAGGCGGCGGUGGACAAGGAAUGUAAUGCUGACCCAGAUUCGCGAUCUCGCUUUGUGUUUCGUAAGCUUAUGUGUAUUCAGUUUCAACAUGAAGUUUGUCGUAGAAUGAUUUGGUAUGAUAUUCACGGGUUUUAUAGAGCUCUGUGGACGGAGGAUGAUAGAUAUUCAGUUGAGUUUGAAAGUUAAGUUCCAGUCAGCCUAACAUCAGAUCUAGUUAAUUCUCAAAGUGUUUGUUUAUAUUUGGCAUUUAGAUAUUCAUUUAUUCAUAAAUAAACAGUUAACUAUUCAAGUCUAAAUCAUUUUUUUCUUAAUUUUUGAAACUUUUUAUUGUAUUGUGACUUUUUAUAAACUAGAAAAUUGUGUAGUGACUUUUGCAAAAACAGUAAGCCAUGGAUUACAUCUAAUGGAUAAAAAUGGGAACUGAGCAGCUUCCUUUGUUAUUAGGUAAAAAUGGUUGAGAAGAAUACUUUCAUUUGGAUGCAGUCAAUGUUCUAAAAUUCGCUAGGCGCUAGUCGGGCGGCCAAGCACCGCCUAGCGCCUAGGGCGACUAGGCGCCAAUUAAUCGCCGACUAGGCGGUCAACUCGGUUUCAACAUAAUACCAAAAAAUAAAAAUAUUCUUGACAAAAAUAAUAUAUCAAACAGAUAAAGUUAAAAGUGUAAACACAAUAAACAUUUUUCAUAUUACCUAGUACUUCGUAUAAUAAUUAAUAAGUUAGGAGUUAGGAGUUAGGACUGCUUGGUUUACAAUAAUUAGGACUUAGGAGGUUUCUUUGAAGAUUCUUCACUGCUUUGUUCCUUGAUCGGUUGAUCCUUUAGAUGGAGAUGUAAUCCAUAAUCCUCCAUGCGACUGCAUUCUUUAUACUCCAAAGCAGAAAAGGGCAAUGAAAGUUCCAAUUAAGAUAAAACCAACAAUGCUUUGUAUCACUUUGGUUAUAAAAAAGGUCUGAGCAGAAAAGUUAAGCAAGGGUCAGACCAACUAAUUUCUUAACAAUUAGCAAUUUAGCAUUAACUAAAGAGAGAAGAAACUUUGUACAUCAUCAAUUAUGAGCAGUACCAUAUCCAACUUUCAAAAUGUUAAUAACUCCUUUUCUUCUGAAGUUCAAAUUCAAAUAAAGCCAUUAAGACAACAACUAAAAAUAUCAGGAAGAUUCUUGUUUUGCAAAAGAAAAACCAUGUUGGUUUGAUGUCUAAUUUAUAUCAGGUGGUGUUAUUAUACGAACUACCAAAUACUUAAAUAGUAAGUUAAUAAUUUGCAGGUAUAUUACAAGAGAGAAAGAGAGAAAACAGUGGAGCAUGCUUUUUAACAAAAUAUUUACAAUUCACAAAUACAACCAGUUACAAUGUUCAGGAAAAACAAUAACAAGAAGAACGACUCUAUCAAAUAGCAUAAUGAAUAGAAUGAAAAGUAAUAGGAAGGGGAUAAAAAACGUGUACUCGUUUGUAGCUCAUGCAUAUAGUGAACUACAAACCAUGACAAAUUAACACAAAAUAGAACAUUGUUUUAUUUUCUAACAUUAUUUUAGGAUGCUUAGCAAAUGAAAAGUAAUUUAAAUUCCUAAAACCAUAAAACUACAACAUUACUAUCAAGUAUCAAUCAAGAAGGUAGUCAUCACAUAUUUUCAUCAAUGGAAGAUAGAGAAAUAGACAAACUUAUUAUUCUCAACUUUUUUAAGAAUAACAAGUAAUUGAAAUAAAUCACUAGUUAAAGUUUACAUUAAUUCUUUGAGGAAUUUUAUCAAACAUCAUAAUUCAUUCCAAAUUCCUAUCAAACUAUCUCAAUUAAGUAUCACAUCUCAAGAAAAAUCAGCAAAUAUUUUAAUAACCUGCAAGGACAAUGUGAACAGAAUACCAUUUACAAUAUAUGCUUAACAACAUAACCAUUUUCACAAAACUGAGCUCAAACUUUUGCCCUGUGGCCAUUGACCCAUUGCAUCCAGUAAAUCUAACACGAUUUUCCUUUUUUAGUUGACUCGUUUAAACAUUCAAAAUCAAAAUCAGAAGCACUUGGAUUAAUUGAAUUGUAAUUGCUAGACCUUUGAAAAGAAAAACAUAAAGAACUAUCUUAAUAACAAAGUAACUAUAAUAAUACAUCAAAAAUAUUUUUGCCAGGACGGCUGGAUACAGAAUAGUGGAGACGCUGGUUCAACUAAGAAGAGAAUCCGUCAAGGCGUCAACUAUGGCCGCCGUUCGCCCAUUCCAUCGAAGAGAACAGAGUCGUAUACUUUAUUAGGUUUAACUUCUAAGUGGACUGGGCGAAGAGAAAAAAGGGUGUACUCUAUCAAGUGGGAGGUAAAGAGAGUCUGAACUGACUAAUCUCUUACCUAGGCAGACGACUAAUCGGCGAUUACUAGGACUGGACGGACGACUAAUCGGUAGAGCGACUUUGGAGCCGAAAACAACAAAAUCUCCACGGCACCUAGCCGUCUAGCGAUUUUUCGGCGACUAGGCGCCCGCCUUUUCCGACUUUUAGAACCACGGAUGCAGUUGAGAGUUAUAAAAAAAGAAUCUCUUUUGAUUAGAAAAUAUAGACCGAGAACGUGUUUAGAUAAUUAGUUAAAAAAUUAAGACUCCUCAAAUGAAGGGCUAAUAGUUGACCUUGGGUGGUAUUUCUAGCUUCCACACUCUAGUCCAUGUCACUUCCGGUUGAGUAUUUCGGGUCAAUAACCGAUAACAGCUCCGAAUCGAAUAAAUGCCCCCUAGCCUCCGUUGCCGAAAUUUGUGCAUCUUCCCCAUGCUCGGGUUGUAUAGGUAUGCUGGCGAUUAAGUCCCUAUCCUCGUUAAAUAAAUCCGCAAGAAUAUCAAAAUCCCAAUCAGUCCCAUCUUCGUCAUUAUAGACUGAACACAAAUAUCUUCAAGCCCUGAUAAAAUGUUACUAGCUGGACGACCUUCUUUAGGAGACUAGGAGUAAUGAGCCAAUUAUCUUUCAAAACCCGCAUCGAUUUGCUGCUUCCAAUAAGAAAGCACAACCUCUUCUUGACCGCCAGUAUAGCUGCCACAAUGCUACAUUGCUACGCCAAAUAAGGGAAGGAUUACUUCCGCACUUAGUUCCAAGAAUAUUAUCAUGAUUAAAAUAUUUGGCCUUUUGCAUUUAUCAACCAAAGAAGACGGAUUUUUUAAUAGGCGUCAGUGCGUCACACCUUUUUGCCUAACGUAGCAAUAUUGAACUCUCGUAAUUUCCGAAAGCCCAAUCCACGCUUCGGUUUGGACUACAAAGAUCACCCCAAGUUUUCCACCUGAUUUCUUUUCGGGAUAAGGGUCAGUUUGGUCCUCGAAGUUGCAAAAAAGGGGUCAAAUAAGUCCUUAUAUAGAAAAUUUUGUCCGGACGUGCCAUUUGAGGUGGCUCCCGGUGGAAUUUUUUGAUGAAAUUUUUUGAGCAUCUUAUUCAUUAAGUCUAGUUUACUCAUACCAAAUUUCAAAUAAAAAUUCAAUCGGGAAGACAUUCAAAUGAAUCCAUGAAGAUAACUGUGCCGUUAAAAGCGCAGUCAUCUGAAAGUGGUGGUGGAGCGCGAUACUGACUCGGAAGAAAGUUCAUCGGAAGAAGAGGGCCAAGAAGAGGUCUUGGUAAGAGAAUCAGAAACAGAAGAAGAAGAAGAAGUUAAAGGAAGAGGGGAUGAAAAGAAAGUAGAAGAAGUCUCUUCCUUAAAGAAUGGGAAACCUCAUAUCACUAUUAGUCUUAAAAAAAUCUGCAAGGUUUGCAAGAGAACUGGCCAUGAAGCGGGAUUCAAGGGGGCGACCUACAUUGACUGCCCAAUGAAGCCCUGUUUUCUCUGCAAAAUGCCCGGGCAUACCACAAUGUUUUGUCCACAUCGAGUGUCAACGGAAUUUGGUGUAGUGCCGUCACCGCGUAGGAACAAGGAAAAUCCUUUGGAAUAUUUUUUCCAACGCCAGAUUCAACCCCACAUUCAUCCAAUCAGGCCAACAUUUGUGAUCCCAGAUCAAGUGCAAUGUGCUGUUAUUCGAUAUCAUAGCAGACGGGUCACAUGCCUGGAGUUCCACCCUACUAACCACAAUAUUCUUUUAUCUGGUGAUAAGAAAGGACAACUUGGAGUCUGGGAUUUUGUGAAAGUACAUGAGAAGAUGGUCUAUGGAAAUAUACAUGGCUGCAUACUUAAUAAUAUGAAGUUCAGUCCAGCAAAUGAUGGAUCCGUAUAUGCUGCAUCUUCAGAUGGAACAGUUAGCUACACUGAUAUAGAAACUGGAAUUUCUUUGUCAUUGAUGAACCUUAAUCCUGAUGGAUGGCAGGGAGCAAGCACUUGGAGAAUGCUUUAUGGGUUGGAUGUAAAUCCAGAAAGAAAUGUUGCACUCAUUGCUGAUAAUUUUGGAUACCUAUAUAUGGUUGAUGUUAGGAGCAAUAGUGUAAUUGGUGAACCAAUUUUGAUUCACAAGAAAUCAAGUAAAGUCGUUGGUCUUCACUGCAAUCCUUUUCAGCCAGAUCUUCUGUUAAGCUGUGGAAAUGAUCACUUUUUUUGGCUAUCCUCUCUAUUCCAGUUUUGUAUAUGGGACAUGCGGCUGUUGAAAUCUGGAUCUUCUCUGUGCAACCUACCACACAAACGUGUUGUAAACUCAGCGUACUUUUCUCCGCAUAGUGGUAGCAAGAUACUUACAACUUCACAGGAUAAUCGACUUCUUGUUUGGGAUUCAAUAUAUGGUAACCUUGAUACUCCUAGCAGGGAAAUUGUUCACAGUCAUGAUUUCAAUCGACACCUUACUGCUUUUCGAGCAGAGUGGGACCCAAAAGAUCAUUCGGAGUCGCUUGUUGUCAUUGGGCAUUACAUAAGCGAGAAUUUCAAUUGAACUGCCUUGCACCCCAUCGAUUUUAUAGAUAUCAACACAGGACAGUUGGUUGCUGAAGUGAUGGAUCCGAACAUAACAACAAUCAGUCCUGUGAAUAAGUUGCAUCCACGUGAUGAUAUUCUUGCAUCUGGAAGUUCAAGGUCACUUUUUAUUUGGAGGCCAGUGGGGGAAUCUGAGGAAAGGGAUGAGCAGAAGAAGAUUUUAGUUAUGGGGCAUGCUGAUAAGAAGAUGCGAAAGACAUUUGGUGAUGCUGACAGUGAUGAAGAUGGAGCUAGUGGUAAGAACAUCAAGGAAAAGAAGAACAUGAAUGUUGCUUUGAAAUCUCAGUCUCUCAGUCUCAAAAAGAAGAACAGCUAGUUUUUUUUCUGCAUUGUCUAAUGAUUUCCCAAGAUACAUAUGCAGCUGUUUUGUAUAGUUUAAUAGUCCCAACUUCACAAUUUUGUGUAGAACUUGGCCAGGUGAAGAAAUGUUGUCUUUUAUGGCAUGUUGAGCAGUUUAGCCUCUCUCUCUGGUCAUGGGUCACUCUUUUCCUUCAUUGUAGACUUGGUAGUGAUGCAGCCUGACCCAUAAAGUAGUUGGGACAUUAUUUAACGUGUUAUUUUGUUAUGCAAAAUUUGAUCGCUCCAUUGUGUAAAGUAUUGCUGGGUUAUAUAUUUUGCUAUUUUAUGGUUUACUAUCUA